AUGUAUUCAGCGUGGUAUCUGUACAUGGUUGGGGGCGCGUUGCUUGGCACUGUCUUUGCCCAUCCACUGGCAUCGCAAGACGAUCCUCCUUGCGAUCCUGAGCCACCAACCUGUCGUCCGUCCUGGCAGACUGCGGAAUAUGCACCUUCGGUCGGCCGCCUACGCGCAGGGCUUAUCUUCGUCGACUUCACCGACUCCCCUGAUGACCACUUUGGCCAAGAGCCGUGGCAGCUGUUCGAGCCCCUCAAGGAACAACCCGCAGAUCUGUAUCGGCAGAUGUCUUUCGGAAAGCUCGAUUUCGAGAUCGUACCACUCUUGGACAAGUUCUACCGCAUGCCUCGUGACUCUGCGUCGUAUGGCUUCGCCGAUGAAGAAGGCCUCACUGGUGAGGAACAUAAAACAUACAUCGACGAUGCCCUUAAAGCCGUUGGUGAUGACAUGGACUUCAACAGCGUUGACAUCCUAUUCAUUGCGCCACCAAACGGUACCGAACAAAUCAACCGCUCUGCCUCUUACAGCAGCCCUGUCAAAACCAAAAGUGGUCGAGAAUUUCGUGCGGGCAGUGUCAUCACAUUUGGAAACGACUUGUACCCGGACGGAGAAUGGAAGACUGUCAAUCACGAGACGGGCCACACAAUGGGUCUACCUGAUCUGUAUCCCUACGGCCCCGGCGGCAACGGUCUUUGGGUCGGGGAAUUCGACAUGAUGGGCGUCGUCUGGGGUCAGUCACCGGAUCUCUUCGCAUGGCACAAGUGGCGCCUCAACUGGAUCGAGGACAAUCAAGUCGAUUGCAUCAUGGAGACCGGCACGACUACGCACCGUUUGAGUCCAAUCGAAGUCGAUGGCGGCGUCAAGGCUGCUGCUAUUCCAAUGAAUGCGACAGGUUAUGUUAUGGCGGAAGUACGUUCAAUGCAAGGUAUCGACCACGCAGCAUGCGAGACCGCGACUGGAGUCCUCCUCUAUACCGCAGAAAGUUCGAUCGGGAGCGGUGAUGGUCCUAUCAGAAUCCUCGACACGAACUCCGCAACUUGGGGAUGCGGCAACGAGUGGGAUGGUGCGGCAUUGAACGAUGCGCCGUUGCGGGAUAUUGAUGCGGUCUUUGAUACUGAGUUCGGGGUAAAGGUCAAGGUGAUCGCGCGCGAAGGCGAUGAUUUUAUAAUCGAGGUUAAGAGAGGAACGUUCUAA